CAUGAAUUUAUUUAUGUCUUACUCUAUAAUAAAUAGCUGUGGGUAAAAAUUUCCCAUAACAUUCCAUUUCCCUCCACUAAAUGGAAUUAUGGUUUGUAUUUAGAGAGAUAGAGUGAGAGAAUAAAGAACCCUCCAAUGGUCUCAUUCGCAGACAACCGUUAAAAAGCAUACGCAUACCCAAUGCAAAGCAUGAAAUUGUUCACAUCUCGCCAAAACUUUCUUUCCUUUCCUUUGCUUUCUUCUUUCUUCUCUCUACUUUUCCUUAAUCCUCAAGUCUUCUCUGCUUUUUCUUCUUCAACACUCUCAAAUAAUAACCGAAAAAAAUCCUCACUUUCGUCUUCAAUGGCAGAUACAAACUACUACACCAAAUAUCAACCGCAAAACCAAGCAAAUAACUCAAGUAAGUUUUACUCUCAUUUCCUCUACAAAGCUCUUUUAGUCACCAUCUUCUUAGUCAUACUCUCACUUUUCCCUUCACAAGCUCCUGAAUUCAUCAACCAUACACUGAACACAAGAGGCUGGGAGUUUCUCCACCUUAUUUUUGUUGGUAUAGCUGUUUCUUAUGGCCUGUUUAGCCGAAGAAAUGAUGAAGCAGAAAAAGAUAGUUGCCUCUCAAAAUUUGAUAAUGCUCAAUCCUAUGUCUCUAGAUUCCUUCAGGUUUCUUCAGUUUUCGAUGAUGAAGCUGAUAAGCCUUCCAGGUCUGAUGAGAGCACCGUCCAAACAUGGAAUAGUCAGUACUACAGCAAUGACCCUGUGGUGGUUGUAGCUGACGAAAAUUCUGUUAUCGAUCAAGAACAGAAAGAUACCACUUCAAUAAUCGGUGACAAACCACUUCAGUUGCCUGUUCGGAGCUUAAAAUCGCGUAUUUUAGAAGCAGAUGGUAAUGAAACUACUAAAGAAUCUUCCUCUGCUGUUUAUGCUUCUAUUAGUAGUUCUAGUUCUAAUUUGGGUUCUAAAAGAAUUUCGAGCAAUUCAGUUAAAAGCAGAAAUGAGGAAUUUGGCGGAUUGCGCCAUCAAGAUUUGGAGGAGAAGCUGAAGGAUAAUGUGGUGAUUCCUUGUCCAAUUCCAUGGAGAUCAAGAUCUGGAAGAAUGGAAAUGAAGCAAACAAAAGAAGAAGCCGAUACUCCUCCUCCGUAUACUCUGCCACCAUCCAUGGAGGAGUCUGAAUUCAACAGGCCUUUCAGGGCCCAAGUGUCUCGAUCACCACGAAUCGAUUCAACAAAUUCUUCACCUUCAAUGUCUUCACCAAAGAAGCUUUCACCUUCACCUUCUUUCCCAGCCGAGGCACAAAGCAAAAGUCCAGAGGAUUUUGUCAGGAAGAAGAGCUUUUACAGGUCUCCUCCCCCUCCUCCACCUCCACCACCACCACCACCACCACCUCCACCACCACCAUCACAACUGUUUCAAAAAUCAUGGUCAAUGAAACCUAGUUCCAGUGUCCAUGAUGAUGACAAGGUUUUCGCAGGGAAAGAUGUGAAGCGAAGUUACACAAGCAAGCCAAAAGAAUCAAACAAGCGUGGUGGCUUGUCAAUCCCAACAUCAGUUAGGACAACUAGAAGCAAUGAUUUCCUUUCUGCUAAAGAAUUUGAUGAUAUGAUCAACACCAAGGCGGAGAAAAGAUUCAAGGAAGCUGAACCAAGUACAGUGGAGAGAGGAGGAAGAAAGAAAGUAGCGUUUGAUCAAUCAUCAUUCAAGACGGAGAGGCUAGAUCGAGACACAGUCACUUUUAUGCCUCAACCAAUUUACAGGGAGUUUCCAAAGGAAGAGAAAGAAGAAUUGGUGGAAAAAUUAAUGCUGGAAUCAGAUGAGGACCUGGAGACUGAGGACGAAGAUGACGAUGACAUUGCAGGAAGUUGUUUUGUUUCAGGCACUGCAGCAGCAAUUUCAAACAACGAAGAAGUUGCUUGUACUGCUGCAAGUGAUGGAGGACCUGAUGUUGACAAGAAAGCUGAUGAGUUCAUAGCCAAAUUCAGAGAGCAAAUCAGGCUUCAAAGAAUAGAAUCUAUCAAGAGAUCGAGUGAGCUGAUAAGUAGAAAGGCUUCAAGAAUAUUAUGAUAAAUUCCACUGCACAAGAUGCAGAGAAAUGCCACAACUUGCAAUAGAAGCAAGGGAGGAGGGCUUGCACUUGCAGACUGAAAUAUUAGACUGCACUUUUUUACUCUGUAAAGUCAUUCUUUUUGUCAUUACUGCAAAAGCCUGGCAGGACAUGAAGGGAAAUUGUCAUUGGCCUAAUCAUUUUUCUGUGGUGAUGGGCUUCCCUGUUAUUUUCUUCUCUGCAUUCACAGCAUCAGUAAGGUUUCCCAUUAAUAGUUAGGAAUAGGAAUCCAAACCAUCUCUUAUUUACUAUUAGCCCAAAUUCAUCAUCUGCUGCUGGGCCUGCAGGAAGCUUUUCUGACUAUGGGUUUCUGUCGUUCAUGACAUUGCAAUCAUGGGAAAUCCUAAAUGCCGAUUGAGUAAU